CUCGCCAGAAGGGAGAAGCUUCGAGAAGAGGACGGAGGGAUUUAGCGAGCGGCAACUCGCCGUUAGGGUUUGCACCGAAGUUUCGACUUAGCUGUUGUGGUUGAUUUAUUGGCAGAAUGAGGGGUAGAGGAUACAGCUAUAGUCCUUCUCCGCCAAGGGGUUAUCGUGGAAGAGCUCGAAGCCCAAGUCCAAGGGGAAGGUAUGGUGGACGUAGCAGAGACCUACCUACAAGUCUUCUUGUAAGAAACCUUCGCCAUGAUUGCAGGCCUGAGGAUCUUCGUAAGCCUUUUGGGCAGUUUGGUCCUCUCAAGGACAUUUAUCUUCCUCGUGAUUACUACUCGGGAGAACCUCGCGGAUUUGGCUUUGUUCAAUACGUCGACCCUGCUGAUGCGGCAGAAGCCAAAUAUCAAAUGGAUGGUCAGAUUCUUCUUGGUCGUGAGUUAACCGUUGUAUAUGCAGAGGAGAAUAGGAAGAAGCCCUCUGAUAUGAGGGCAAGAGAGAGAGUCAGCAGACCUUACGGUUCUCGGAGGUCACCUCCACGCUAUUCUCGUUCAAGGUCUCCACCAGCUCGCCAUCCCUCGAGAUAUUCUCGUUCCCCUCGUCGUCCGAAAUCUCGCUCCCGCAGUCCCGUUUACCAUUAUUCCCGAUCACCAUCUCCAAAGCAUGGUCGACGGUCCAGAUCUGCUUCUCCUGAAGAUCCCCGAGCUCAAAGGGAAAGAUCUUUCUCCCAAUCUCCUUAUGCUGCGGGGUCGAGGAGCAGGAGCCCCAUUCAGGAGGAAGAUGAUGAUGCUGAAUAUGCAAGGAGGAGCUCUCACAGGGAAAGAUCCCGUUCUUAUAGCCAGUGAACAGAGAAGCUGUGGCUUUAUUGCCGAGUUAUUUUGUCUCAUCAUCUUUUUUAUUCAGACUAGUGUUUUGGGAUCUAACAUACAUGCAAUUGUAAUGAAUAUGUUGCAAUAUACACUGCCCGCCUUCUUCAAAUGAUUGCAAACAUGAAUAAGUCUAGUUAUGUCUUCACAUUUUGAUGUUGGUUAGCUUUUAUGUGUUAAAUGAACUCCUAGGCUUGCUGCUGCUUUCUUUUCU